AUGCCCGGAUACGAUUUGUCAAGAUUCCCAAAUUUGUCUGCUAGGGAGAAGUCUGAAUACACGUGCAGAAAUUUAAAUAUUAAAUGUGACUUUUGGGAUAAUGGGUGCGUUGAAGUGAUUAAGUUAGAGGACCUCAUACAACACACCGCCAUCUGUGAGCACAAUGAGGCAAAACGUCCCAAAACGUGUGACCGAGAACUUUUAAAGGAUGAAAAGUUCAGAGUUUUCGAAAUGUUCUUGAAUAUGCUUCAAGAUGAUAGUAAAAAUGAUAACCAACUUGCCGAACUUUAA